GUUGUGUCAUUUUUCAAUCUAUUGUAUUUUUAUUAACACGAGAAAUAAUACUAUUUUGUUAAUUCAAAAUGUUCAAAGGAUCUGUUAAAUCGAGUUGCUUCGUGAAAACGAAACCUUAUGUAAUAUUCAGUUAUUUAGGUGGCACAAAUCAAGUGGGCAACACAAUACAUAAUACGGGAUCUGUAAAGUUUCCGCAAGCGGCCCCUCUUAAAUUACCGACAAAUGUAGUAGAUAUAAAUUCAGCAGAAAUGGGAAGGUUUUCCCCACUACGAGAAAGAGAUAUUUCUGGUCCCGUCAUUAAUUUUCAUGGGAUAAAGCAAGUGUUUCGUGAAAUUGAUAUCACUCUACAAUCUGAUCCACAUGUUAAUAAAUAUGACUGUCGUGGCGCUGUCAGUCUAUCGUCGUCGAUGCAAAGUAAUGUACCAAGCCCGUUUAGUGGAAAUCACACACACUUAAAUAUGCCAGGAUCACAAUGGGGGCAAGGCUAUAAAUAUUUAUCUGAUCAUCUACACAGCGCUCAUUAUUUGACAUUGAGAAAUGAGUAUAGAGGAAAACUCUUCAACCAAGCUGGCACUUUUGGAACACGGAAAAUGAGUACAGACACACAAACAGUGAUGAGUGCCAAAGAAAAACUGAAAAAAGCAGUGAAGGAGUAUGGUUCUACAGUAAUUGUAUUUCAUAUUUCCAUUUCAUUAUUAUCUCUGGGGGCCUGCUAUGUUCUUGUGUCUAGUGGAGUCGACUUAGUUGCAAUAAUGAAGUAUUUCAACAUAAGUGAAGGAACACUUUCAAAAAUGGCUGUAUCCAAUGCUGGAACAUUUGUAAUUGCAUAUGGAGUUCAUAAGUUUUUUGCUCCCUUUAGGAUAGGUGUUACCUUAACAGCCACACCGUUUAUUGUUAGAUAUCUAAGAAAAGUUGGAAUGUUGAAACAUCCUUCAGUUCCAAGUGGUGGUGGAAAUAAAUAAAUAUUUUUUGUUUAAA